GGUAGCGGCCGGAGAUAUCUAUCCACAAAUCCCGUACGCGGACGCCCAUCGCCUAGAAAACACUUUUAUAUAAAGAUCCAGUAGCUUUUGUAAACGCACCACCACCGGCCAGCCCCCCCUGACAGGAAGCAACUAUAGCGAAAAACAGUGAACGAUAGUGACAAAACAGUGUAAACUGAUGGUGACAAUAAUUUAGCAGCCAACGCAUCCAGCACCAGUAACCCCCAGAACAGCCAAACCGGAACCCAUUCGAACAAAAUAACAAAACACAAAUCCAAUGCCACACAAGCGGCGUGCUGAUGUCUUCCGGCGUUCCGAACAGAAUUCUAAAGAUUUCCUACCGCUCUCUGCAGUCCACCAUUACCACCAUUACUACCACCGAAGGCUGCCCUCGGCCGAUCAGCUGCUAGCCCUACGCGCAGCCAACUCUCGUCCACCCUCGAACCUGUACGUACAAUAAUCCCUGGAGAUGGCGAAGGUUUCGGCAACCUCCCACCAAGAUCCUACCGUUAUCGACAUGAUGGAGAUCAGCAAGAAGCGACCACCGAAGCUAAAGACCGCCGACCGGACCGUAUCGAUGCGAAUCGACAACUACUCGCCCGGUGCGGGAGGUGGCGGUGGCGGUGGCGUCAUCGUCGGCGGUGCCACCAGUCCCAUAAUGCUCGACAACAGCCUUAUCGUGCACCACAGUCCCAUCGAGCGGCUCUCGCCUGUUUCGCAUCUGAAGCAACAUCAGUCCGAUCCGAAGGUGUUCUUUGUGAAGGAGUCUUCCCCGACGUCCCUCAAGGUGGAAGGCUACAGUCCCAAUCCACGGAAGCAGAUACGUCGCUCGGAUACGCUGCACGUAUACUCACCGUCGAUGCACCAACUGCGGAAGGCUACGUCGUUUCACUCGAGAAGCAAUAGUGGAGGUUCGAAUCCGGACGAAAUUGUGGCCGCACCCAUUAUACGGCACAGUAGCGUCCGGCACUCGCACAUCUACCCUCGCGAGUAUCUGGUCAAGCAGGACAGUGGCGGUGGAACGAGCAGUGGUGGUGGUGAGGAGGAGGAAGAAAUUCGCCCAGCUCCAGCCUUUGUGCACUCUCCGAAUGUCAGUGGGAAUCGAAGGAACUGUCACAUGCAUCGGUCGUUCAACGAUCAGCAGAAACGGAAUGCAGCGUUCCAGCGCAGAGAUUCCACCAAGUUCCACUCACUCGGAGACGACAUGCCUGCGGAAGUCGUGGACAGAAGUCCACGGGAAUCGAAGAAGUUCAGUUCAGCUAACGCGUCGCUCGAGAACGAAAUCUAUCGAUCGCGAAGCAAUAGCCGGACGGAGAAGAAAACCGAAUCCUUUUCGGAUUUCGUCACUCGCCAGAACAGCAAGAAGUACAAUCAAAAGAACAGCACUACCAGUUUAGAUCAAGCGUUACCGUACAUUGGCGGCAGUGGGGCCGGGAGCUUCCGCCGAACAGUCCUACAACAUUCCAAUGCACACUUACUCAGUCCUAAUCCGCCCUUUACUGAUGAUUUCAAACCGCAAAAAUCACCCAUCUUCGAUCAGAAGAAAUCCUACAGCCUUCGAUACAAGAACGGCCGAGACGCUCGAGAGACGUUCAAAGCGAAAAAGUCGAAAAGUUUCAUGAUAGAUCUGGAACCACCGCCGGCGAUCAUUAGCGGUGCGAGCAGUCCCUACCGAAAAGAUAGCGUUUCCUUCACCCCGGAAGAGGUGGACAAAAUCUACAAGGCCUCUCGUAAGCUCUCACCCAACAUCAUACUGGACGAUAUCGGCCGGGAGAUCUCCCCGGUCCCGAUGGACAUCAUGGACAUCAACUAUGGCGUAAUCAUGAAGACCUACCAGAUGAACCGGGAAAAGUCGAUGCGAAAGAGCCGACGAAAAACGGACGACAAGAAGCUGGAGUUUGACGAAGACAGUGAGUCGAACAGGAAACGGAAGCGGAUAGCCUGCAUCGUGAUGUCCGUGUUCAUAGCCUUAGCGAUAUUCAGCAUCCUGGCAGUGAUCGUAACGCUGACGCACACCAGUGCCGGUCCGUCGCAGACAAAGCCUACGUACACGUUCGCCCGGGAAACGCCGAUCCACGCCAUUCCGAACUACAUCGUAUCGAAAGAGUCACCCAAACACUACAAUGGCAUCAAUUGAUGCGGUAGCAAUCGUAGUAGGCCCUUCUUCCGAACAUCGUCACCCUGGUGGGCGGAGAUCGUCGACGCAGCAGGCUGCGAUCUGGUGACGGUUCACUUCGUAGAGCUGUUUAGUUAGCAGUGUUUGUAGUGUGGUUUAGACUACGUUGAUUUGAGAUGAUCUUUAACAAUAUCCAACGAAGUGCCAAGGACGACCCCGGAGCGGCUCCAAUGCCGUUUGAGGGCGGCCACUCUUUUUUACUCAUGUUUCAAAUAACAAAAUCAAAAAAAAAACAAAACGGAAACUCACUAUACAGGAACGAACAACUGAAGCGCAAGUGGUGUUAAUUAGUGUACCGAAGCGAGAAACAGAAACCCGUGUCAACAACUUCUGAUGCAAAACAACACACAUACGAUAUACGUGACUAGCGUUAACUAAUGUU